AUGCCGGUCAUAAAUGUGGAGGACCUGACGGACAAGGACAAGGCUGUAAUGGAAGUAAAUCAACUGAAAAUUGAAGUGAAACUUGAGAGGUGGUUGACAUCUAAAUGCUGUGAGGAAAUCAAGGAGUACAUUCAAGCCGGUCAGGAGGAGGACAUCCUCUUCAAAGGCAUUGCAGAGGAUAAGAACCCCUUCAAGGAGAAAGGUGGCUGUGUCAUCUGCUAGACUGGACCUGAGGAGCUUUUCGUAUGUCAGAUUAGCACCCAAGGACAUUCUCCCUCCCCUCAUAAAAUGGAUUUGCAGUCUGAGAAGACUAGACGGACAUAAUAAAGAAAGAAUUUGUAAAACCUCACAAGU